UCUUCGCAUCAGCCUCCAGCUCAUCUGGCGCUCGCUCUCGCACCCCCUCCCCCUCCGUAGUUUCUCACUUCUCUCUGCUCCUCUCGGCAGAGUGAUACUUCUCCUUCUGUCGCGUCUCUUUCUUCGCCCUCCUCACUUUUUUUCUCCCCCCUCCUGAUCCUCAUCUCCAGUCCACCAUGGUGAACAGAUAACCGCCUGGCCGUCCUGAGACCAUGGGUGCCUGCCUCUGCAAAGGUCAUAAAGAACUUCACCUCGCUCUAUCAUCGCUGCACCAGACCGAGGAAGGUCAGUCAUCUUCUGCCAAGGACGGGCAGAAUCCUUCCAACGGCAACGUAGCUGACAAAACAAACCGGUAUGACAUUGGCGAGCUGGCCACAUCCUCUUUGAUAGGCCUGGUGGCCACGAUCAAGGAGCACAUCACUAAGCCCACGGCGAUGGCCCAGGGGCGAGUGGCUCACCUGAUUGAGUGGAAAGGUUGGGGUGGAUGCGGUGAGGGCGGGGGUGGCAGGGCCUGGGGUAAAGGGGCCGGGGGCUGGGGGGCCAUGGGGGCCGAGCUGCAAGAGGAUGAGCAAUUCUACUCCCAGAUGACGGACGAGAUCAAGGAAGCCCGCUUCGCUGCAGGCGUAGCUGAGCAGUUUGCUCUGGCUGAGGCCGCCAUGAACAUGUGGUCCACGGGAGACGCCUUAGAGCAGCCGUCCACCAGCUUACAAGCAGCUCAGAGACACUUCCUGUCUCAGUUCCUGCUUGACGGUGGGAGCGUCGGCGUCCCCCAGCAUUUGUACAGCAUUCACACGCAGCCGUACGGCAACCACAGCAACGCCGGCCUGGUCCCCCCGCCGCCGGUCAACGCUAACUCCCUGGCACCCGGCGUCCAGCAGGACGGAGGUCGUUCCUGCGAGGACAGACUCACUGCAGGAGCCGCCGUGAGACACGUAGACAGCAGCUCGCUGUCCGAGGAUGACGUUUUCUACAACUGAGCUUCAAAAAAAGAAAAACUAAGUAAAAUAAGACUCACUGAGAGCACUUGAGUGUCAGACUCCAGCGAGGACUGCAGAUGUCUGAGGCCCCUUCGAGAGGAAACUCUUCAAAAUGCUUUCAUUUAAGACCCCCGACCUUCAGACGCAAACACUCCACAAAGUAUUUUCUCUUUGCUUUAGGCACAAAUGUUUGUUAAUGUACAUAGUUUCACUGUGACACUUUAGUUUUUUAUU